AUGAAUGGAGCUUGCUUUGAAUUACUUGCCGCUGAUGAUUCAAAUGUUCGUAUUUUGGCGAUGUUGAUCGUAUUAAUAUUGAUUUAUCCAACUCAUGGUGACGUUCAUCCAAGGGUGAAAUUCUCUGCAUUUGAAGAUAAAAUCGAAAAAACUAAUGCAAAAAAUUUAGUAUUAAAUUUGACCGAUUUACUUGCAGAAAAUACAACAGGAGAAACAGAUGAUAUUAUAGAGGAGACGCGAAAUUUCUUUCAAAAUCUACGCAACAACACUGCACGAGCGUGGCAUCAGAAAAAGCUUUUUCGCCAUUGA